UCCACGGGUCUCUCUCUCUGUCUUCUUCGUCGGUCUCUGUUACUUAGAAACUUCAUUUUUUUUUAUAGGUUUUUGCUAACUGUUAGAUACAAAGUAUUAUUAUUUGAAGUUUUUUUCAUUGUUGUCAAAUCUCGUUCUCUUCAGUUACAAAGCAUUCUCCAAUAAAUCUCUUUGUCUCUUUUUUACCCAAAAAACAAAAUCUAUCUGUCUUUGUUGUUAAAUUUUUCAUGGGGUCUUUGUGGUGAUUGCUCAGUGCGAAGUUCUGGGUUUUGCUUGCUUCAAGUGAACUAAAGGAAUCUUUGAAAAGGUGGAUAACAAAAAUAAGAGAUUUUUUACUUAUUUACUGCAAGUAUGGAGCUUCCUCUUGUGAGUAUUGUUCUAGUAGGGUUCCUCUUUGUUUCCUGUGAAGCAUUGGCCUCUAAAGAAGUGGAAGCUCUGAGGAGACUAAAGGAGGCUAUGUAUAAGGACCCUUUGCUAGUCAUGUCUAAUUGGAAUGUUUCCGAUUCUGACCCUUGUGAUUGGAAGGGCAUUAAAUGUUCUCCAUCUAAAGAUCACAUUAUCAAAAUAAAUAUAUCGGAUACAUUGAUGGGAGGCUUUCUUGUGCCAGAACUUGGUCAUAUAACCUACUUGCAAGAACUGAUCCUGCGUGGGAACAUUCUAAUGGGGAAAAUACCAAAAGAGAUAGGAAAGUUGAAGAAACUCAAGAUCUUAGACUUGGGAAACAAUCAUCUAAUAGGGCCCAUUCCAGCAGAGAUUGGAAGUUUGUCUAACAUCAAGACAAUAAACCUUCAGUCUAAUGGUUUAACUGGAAAGUUACCUCCAGAGAUUGGAAACUUGAAGUACCUUAGAGAGCUUCUUAUUGAAAGGAAUAGGCUUCAAGGAAGUAUACCUGUCGCUAUAACAAGAUCAGAAAAGUAUCCAAGUGCAAACAUCUCUGGUUUGUGCAAGUCUCCUCAUUUGAAAGUGGCAGAUUUCUCCUACAACUUCUUCAAUGGAAAGAUCCCGAGAUGUUUGGAUUACCUUCCAAGAGAGAGGUUUCAAGGAAACUGCAUGAAAACAAAGGACGUUAAGCAGAGGCCUUCUUCAGAAUGUGCGAAGAAGAAGAAGAAGAAACAUAUGUGGCUUCUGGAUUUUGAGAUAGUCACAGGAUCAUCGGUUGGUUUGCUCUUUCUAGUUGUGACAUUCUCUGCGUUACGCUUCUGCAACAUAAAACGCACUCUCAUCGUUCCUUGGAAGAAAUCUGCAAGUGAAAAGGAAGAGCACUUCACUGUCUACGUUGAUUCUGAAAUGCUCAAGGACGUUUCAAGAUUCACAAGACAAGAGCUAGAAGUAGCGUGUGAAGACUUCAGCAAUAUCAUCGACUCUUGUGCAAACAGUCAGGUCUACAAAGGAACGAUCGAAGGCGGGACUGAGAUUGCGGUGAUCUCUCUCUGCUUUAAAGAAGAAGAUUGGACUGCAUACCCUGAGCUUUAUUUCCAGAGAGAGGUUGCGGAUUUGGCUAGAUUAGACCAUGAGAACGUGGGGAAGUUACUUGGAUACUGCAAAGAGAACAAACCGUUUACAAGAAUGCUUGUUUUUGAGUAUGCAUCAAACGGGACACUAUACGAGCACCUCCACUAUGGGGAAGGCAGUUUAGUCUCGUGGGCAAAACGCAUGAAGAUCGUUAUAGGCGCCGCGCGUGGUCUCAAGUACCUUCAUACUGAACUAGAUCCUCCAUUUACAGUCUCUGAGGUUUGCUCAAAUGCUGUGUAUCUCACUGAAGAUUUUACUCCCAAGCUGGUUGAUUUUGAAUGCUGGAAGACGGUUCUGGUGAGGUCAGAGAAGAAUUUAAGGGAUAUCAAUAGUGAUCAUGGAGCUAUAUGUGUACUUCCCAACGCAAUGGAGCAUCGAGAUCAGAAUUUGAAAGGGAAUAUCUUCUCAUUUGGCUUACUUUUGCUGGAAAUUGUGAGUGGAAGGCGCCAAGAAAGAGGCUGCUUGGUUAAAUGGGCAAAGGAGUAUGUUGGUGGUGCACCACAAGUGUUGGUGGAUCCAGAGCUGGAGCAUUUCAACCAAAAGGAACUGGAGGCAGUAUGCGAAGUGGCGAGCCAAUGCUUGAACUUGGACCUGAAUGAUGAAGAGACUUGUUGUUUGGUUAAAGAGCUUUGUGAGACAUUAGAGAGUAGAAUCAGUGUGUCCAUUUCAGCGGGGCUCAAGUCGUCUUCUUUGGCUUGGGCCGAACUCGCCCUAGCUUCGCCUUCUAAUGAAGAUAAAGAUGAAUAUCAAAGGAGUAAAUGGGCAAGCACUCCAUGUUAGGAGUCAAACCAAUCACCCCUUUGAUACCUUAGAACACCAGUUAAGGCUACUCCUCCAAGCUAAGAUAGUUUGUGAAAAAACAGACUAAUAAAACAAAACAUAAGUUACUUCAAUUUUCU